AAAGAUUGUGCAGCCUUCUUACACGAAGAUGAUGAAUAAAGAUGAAAACAAGAAAGUUGCAGAUACACCUUCUGGAUUGUUUACAAAGACACACGAAAAAUUGCGACAAGCAGGUGAAAAGUGGAUGAAGGAGACAGCAAACUAUAGCAUGCUUGUGGCGACAUUGAUUGCCACCGUAGUUUUCACUGCAGCCUUCACUGUACCGGGUGGAAACCACCAAGAAAUAGGCACUCCUAUUUUCUUAGAAAGCAAUUGGUUUAUGGCUUUCUUCAUAUCAGAUGCAAUUGCAUUGCUGUCCUCAUCAACUGCGAUAUUGAUAUUCUUGUCAAUUCUCACGUCACGUUAUGCAGAAGAGGAUUUCCUUCAGUCAUUACCUACGAGGUUGUUGCUUGGACUCGCAGCACUCUUCAUCUCUGUUGCAGGCAUGGUUGUAGCUUUCUGCGCAACUUGCUUUUUGGUCUAUAACCGCAAAAUGGCAAGUGUUCCAAUUGUUAUAAUUGGGUUGGCCGGUAUCCCAGUUACUUUGUUUUUUAUUUUACACUAUCGACUUUGGGCUGAUGUAUUCCGCUCAACAUAUCAGUCUAGGUUUCUUUUUCGACCACGUCAAUGUAAAAUUUUCUUGGAAGAAUCCUACUAGCUAGACAAAAUCU